AUGAACCGAAAGUUCUAUGUGUGGGUGACCAUAUUGCUAUUUUCCUAUGCACUUUCGUUGUCAAGUGCCCAUGCUCGCUUUUCAUAUUCACGUUCGUCCACUGGGACCCAGAAUAAUGCCCAGAAUGUGGAUUACUACAAAGUGCUUUCGCUUCAAGAUAAGCGUGAGGAGGCCACGGAGAGCGAUAUCAAACAAAGCUAUCGGCGCCUCUCCAGGCAAUACCAUCCAGACGUCGCCAAAUCGGAAGAAGACAAAGUUAAGUAUGCUCAAAUCAAUCGAGCUUAUGAAGUACUCUCUAACAAGCGAAUGCGUAAAAUGUACGACAUGCGUGGGGAGGCUGGACUUGAGCAGCUCAAGCAGGCAGCAGCAGCUGGUGAUCGCGGGGCUUCAAUGAACCCCUUUGCCCAGCUCUUUGGUUUCAGUUCCGGCAAUUCCCUCUACGGUCAGAAGCAGGAAAAAUUUAUUGAAGUGGACUUGUCAACAAUAUUUAGAGGCGGGACUGUUUUCGUUCGUCACAACAAGCAGAUCGUCUGCAAGCACUGCAAGGGUCGAGGCGACGAUCCAACAUCGCCCAUUGUGCUGUGCUCGCAGUGUCAAGGGCGUGGUGUCGUCGAGCAUCGCCUAAUCCUUGCUCCGGGGAUGUACCAGGAGAUCCGGCAGAUGUGCUCCCACUGUAAUGGAAACGGCAAGAAAGCCCAGCGGAGCUGCCCAGCUUGCCGUGGCCGUAAGGUGGCCAAAGGAGACAUUGACCUGAAGGUGGAUAUCGAGGCCGGCACACCAGAAAACCACCCCAUCGUCUUUGAGAUGGAGGCAGAUGAGUCACCUGACCUUAUCCCGGGUGAUCUAGUCGUGCGCGUUCGUUCUCGGCCACACCCGCAGUUCACACGAAUGCGUAACGGCCUUGAUCUGGAGAUGUCCCUUUCCAUCACUCUGAAAGAGGCCCUCUUAGGGGUUUCAAGAGAGUUUAAAAAUAUAGACGGUAAAGAGGUGAUUAAGUUAAAUAGGGUAAACACUACUCCAUAUGGUACUGUGAUUAAGAUUGCUGGAAAGGGAAUGCCCAAACUACACCUGCCGUCGGAGAGAGGUGACCUAUAUGUGAGGAUAAAAUUUGAGAUGCCGGCUUCUCUGUCUACAAAGCAGAGGGAGGCACUUGAAAAAUGUCUUUGA